AUGAUAAGAGAGAAGAGGGAAUUAUUCAGAGUCUAAAUCAGAAAAGAAAAAAAUGAAGAGAUAUUCACAAAAAAAAGAACUAGCAUUAUUUAAUCAAUCCCCUUGGAUUUUCCUAAACUAGAUUAUGAUCAAUUGAUUUCUAAAUAAAAUAUUCCUCAAUGUUUAGAAAACUUAAAUGAUUUUUUAUCUUCCAAGAAAGAUAUUUGUCCUUAAAUUAUCACUGCUCUAAUGUAUAUUUUUUUAAUAAAAUAGACCUGGUGCCUAAAUUGCCUUUGAUUUAUUAUAAUAUUUCCCAUAAGAAUGUUCUAAACUUUUAACUAAUUUCACAUACCACAUGAAAAGAGAAUAGAUGUUAUAAUUACUAAGUUAAAGUUAAAUAGUUAAUUUGAAUAAUCUCUUGAAUGGCAGUUCAGAUGAAUUAAAAGAAAAUGUAACAAUAUUGUUCUUAAACUAAAUAGUUGACUAAAAUCAUAUUCAAUUUUAUAGUUGAAUUAAAUUCAGAUGAAGCUUUAAAGUUAGCUUAAAGUUUAUAAUUAUUAACUAAUAUCUACUAUAGUUACACAACUCAUGGAUGUCAUGAAGAAUUAAGUAUGAAUUAUCUCAAAAUUAUUGCUCAUCUAUUUUUUAAUAAUUACAAAGAACAAAAUAUGGAAUAAAUAUUAGAAAUAAUAGAUAAUAUCUCUUAAUCAACUGUAGAUGAUGAUCUUAAAUUAUAAUCUUUUAAGACUAUGAGAGCAGUUAUAGGAUCAAAUUAUAUCAAUUAAUUUGAAGUUAUUAAUCAAUUUAAUAAAUAUUUAAUUAUUGAUGAUGCUUUAUCUGCAUUCAAUAAUAUGAUUCAACAUUAGGAAUCUACCAAAUUAGGUAUUUAAGCAUUAAAAAUGUUAAAUGUAAUAAACGAAAAGAAUAAAUAAAUGAUGAAAGUAAAGCUUAUAUCAUAUUAAGCUUCUUUUAGAAAAAUAUCAUCUAUUGACUUUUUAUUCUAAUGCCCUUUCAAGUAAUCUUAGUCAGGAUUUAACAAUAAUUAAAUUAAUCUAUCAAGGAUUUUUAUAAAUUAUUGAGGAUGAUAAUAAUUUUGCAUCAAAUGAAUAAGAUUUAUGUUUUGAGAAAAUUGUAAGACAAGUUUAAAUAGCCAAUAAAAAUAAUUAUGUAAUCUAUCUACUUAUUUUAGGAAUUUCCACCUAAUACUUGUAUUUUGAUUCUUUAAUUAUUAAAAUCUAGAUACAAAGAAUAAACAAUCAUUGAAUUUCCAAUUUUCAAAUUGAUCAGCGAUUUCUAUUAAAAUGAUAAAUAUUUUAUUAAAAUUGAUGAUUAUUUGUUUAUUGCAUUUACAGUUCUAGAAACUGGAGAAAGUAUCUGAAAUUUUGAUUAAUUAGCAAUUUAUCCUGAAAGAUAUGUUGGAGAAUUCUUGAAAUAUUAAGGUGAACCCAUUAUAUAAGAUAUUUAAAAAAAUACAAGUGAUUACUCACAUAUGUAGAUAAUUGAUUAAAUCAUUAAAAUGGCAGAGUAUGAUGGAGAAUUAGAUUUUUUAUGA